CAACGCCAGAGUACGUCGGGUGGGAUGGCUUCCGGCGGCGGCGUCGCCCGCGGCCGCCUCGCCGAGGAGCGCAAGUCCUGGCGCAGGAGCCACCCCCACGGCUUCGUGGCCAAGCCGGCGACGCUGCCGGAUGGGUCCGUCAACCUCAUGGUGUGGAACUGCAUCGUCCCCGGCAAGGAAGGAACUGAUUGGGAGGGAGGAUAUUUCCCUCUAUUUCUUAAUUUUGAUGAAAAUUACCCUACUCGCGCCCCUGUCUGCAAGUUUCCUACUGGCUUUUUUCAUGUCAAUGUCUACAGUACAGGUGCAGUGUGCCUGUCCAUCCUUGGUGACGGAUGGAAGCCUUCCAUCACCGUGCGCCAAAUUCUCAUAGGCAUCCAGGACCUACUUGAUAAUCCAAAUCCAGCAUCCUCUGCGCAGGGGCCAUGUUGUGAGCUCCUUACGAAGAAUUUGCCAGAGUACAAGAAUCGUGUUCGUCAGCAGGCCAAGCGGUAUCCUUUGCAUGUGUAACGGUGGACAGCUUUCAGCAACCAAGAUGGUAGAAUAACCAAGCGUUCGUUUUGCCGGAGUGGAACUUGUAGUGCCUGUGCUUAUUGUUGAUCAUAAGACUAAAUGCAGUGGUU